CCGCACACCGCCUCAGCUGGGAGAGAGGGAGCGAGAGAGAGAGAGAGAGAGAGGGAGAGACGGAGGCGGGAGAGGGGAAUGGAUGGUGCCGGAGCUUUGAAGCAGCAGACAGACACAUGGAGAAGCUCAGAAACUCAGCGAGAGAGGAGCGCAGAGCCAGAUAGGAUACGCUGUCUGUGUGCGCACUCAGCUGUGUCUCUCUCCAGAGGGAACUCUCUGCACUCUCUCUGAGACUUUCACAGGCUGCGGGGGACUGUGGAUGGCUGUCUGAAAGCUUGCACUGGAUGACCGGGAGGAACCUCACCUGAGCUGGACACUCUGAGGACUGACAGUGCCACUGGAGGGAUAAGCUCUCAGAGAACCACCUCGUCUGGGUUCUGUUCUCAGAAGGAGAGAGAGACUCCUAAGCAGAGAUGAGAUGAGAGAUCUUCCCUGAAGCUUGAGCUCAAAGGGAUUUCACGGCUGAUAUUUAUUUUUCUUUUCUAUUUUGGGAUGAGGGGGUUACCUUUCAUUAGAGCAGCAAUGGGAACCAGAUUGCGUCUGAGAAGGCCAGGGCUGCCAGAGGGAAGCAGAAGAGACCCGCAGUGAACCCUGCAGGGCUCUGAGAGACGGGAGCGAGUCGCACGGAGACUCAGAGACGCGGGGAGACAUGAGUCUGCCCACAAACUGCGGCUCUUCCUCCGCUGUGGAGCGGGCCUUUAAACUGCAGAACGGGAGCAUCUGUGGGUCACCCUGCGCCGUCAACCGACCCAUCAACAUCGUGCAGAAACGCCGGCGUUUUGAUGUUGAAAAUGGCUUGUCAGCAAGCCGCAGCCCGCUGGACCCCCAGACGAGCCCGGGAUCCAGGCUCAUCCUGCAGGCAAACUUCCCCCACAGCCAGCGGCGGGAGUCCUUCCUGUACCGGUCCGACUCGGACUUCGACCUCUCGCCCAAGGCCAUGUCUCGCAACUCUUCCACAGCCAGCGACCUACAUGGAGAAGACAUGAUUGUGACUCCAUUUGCACAGGUCCUGGCCAGUUUGCGGACCGUGAGGAGCAAUUUUGCAUCCCUCACUCACCUGCAGGAUCGGGUGGCCGGCAAGAGAUCGUCUGGCAGCACCACUCCGAACAUGUGCAAGACCAGUCUGCCAGAGGAGCCUUCUCAGAAACUGGCCAUGGAGACGCUGGAGGAGCUGGACUGGUGCCUGGACCAGCUGGAGACCCUGCAGACACGCCACUCUGUCAGCGAGAUGGCCUCCAACAAGUUUAAAAGGAUGUUGAACCGAGAGCUGACGCAGCUGUCAGAGACCAGCCGCUCAGGGAACCAAGUGUCAGAGUUCAUCUCCAGCACCUUUCUGGAGAAACAGCAUGACAUGGAGAUCAUGUCCCCUCCUGCGAAGGAGAAGGACAAGAAGAAGAGGCCCAUGUCCCAGAUCAGCGGGGUGCGCAAAGUCGCCCACAGUCCCAGCCUGGUGCCCUCCAGCAUCCCCCGCUUCGGGGUGAGCACCACCCAGGAGAGCCUGCUGGCCAAGGAAUUUGAAGAUAUCAACCGAUGGGGUGUUGAUAUUUUCAAGAUAGCAGAAUAUUCGGGGAACCGGCCCCUGACAGUCUCCAUGUACACCAUCUUCCAGGAGAGGGACCUGCUCAAGUCCUUCAAGAUCCCCGCGGACACCUUCAUCACGUUCAUGAUGACACUGGAGGACCAUUACCAUAGCGACGUGGCCUACCACAACAACAUCCACGCAGCUGACGUGGUGCAGUCCACCCACGUCCUGCUGUCCACCCCGGCACUGGAGGCGGUCUUCACAGACCUGGAGAUCCUGGCAGCCCUGUUCGCCAGCGCCAUCCAUGAUGUGGAUCACCCCGGCGUGUCCAACCAGUUCCUCAUCAACACCAACUCUGAGCUGGCCCUCAUGUAUAAUGACUCCUCGGUGCUGGAGAACCACCACCUGGCCGUGGGCUUCAAGCUACUGCAGGAGGAGAACUGCGACAUCUUCCAGAACCUGAGCAAGAAGCAGCGGCAGUCGCUCAGGAAGAUGGUCAUCGACAUGGUCUUGGCCACAGACAUGUCCAAACACAUGAACCUGCUGGCUGACCUGAAGACCAUGGUGGAGACCAAGAAGGUGACCAGCCUGGGGGUCCUGCUGCUGGACAAUUACUCCGACCGCAUCCAGGUUCUGCAGAACAUGGUGCACUGUGCCGACCUCAGUAACCCCACCAAACCGCUGGAGCUGUACCGGCAGUGGACCGACCGCAUCAUGGUGGAGUUCUUCACACAGGGAGACCGGGAGCGGGACAAAGGCAUGGAGAUCAGCCCCAUGUGUGACAAGCACAACGCCUCCAUCGAGAAGUCCCAGGUCGGCUUCAUCGACUACAUUGUGCACCCUCUGUGGGAGACGUGGGCGGACCUGGUGCACCCUGACGCCCAGGAGAUCCUGGACACGCUGGAGGAUAACCGGGAGUGGUACCAGAGCAUGAUCCCCCACAGCCCGGUCGGAACCCCUGAGGAGCGGGAGAGGGAGGGCGGGGCCAGAGGAGGUGGGGCUGUGGGGGGCGGAGCUGGCAGUGUGAUGACCGGCGACAAGUUCCAGUUCCAGCUGACCCUGGAGGAGGAGGAGGGGGAGUCGGAGAGCGAGAGUGCGGCGGAGGAAGAGGAGGCCUCCAGGACAGGCGCCGUCAGCAGGCUCCGGCCCCCGAUGCUCCACGCGCGCCGCGGACUGGCCGCCAUCGCCGUGGGCGGGGCCUGCAGGACGUUGGCUCUGACCUCGGAGGUGGACGCUUCAUCGGACUCUGAGGAAGAGGAGGAAGGGAACGAUGUGUCCUGCCGUCAGCUGGGCACGUAACAUUGG